AUGGAGGUGGAGUUGAGUCCCCUGUCGGACGACGAGGAAGGUCGCUCAGAGGACGAAGACUCGACCUUCCACCGGGAAAUUAUACUGCAGGACAAUUACAGUGAAGCGGAUAUCAGCGAUGUUCCGCUGGACGCGGAGGAGACGAACUCCAACCGCUCGCACACGGCCGUGGACGAAGGAUCCGCCAAAGAGGAGACGGCGGCGGAAACCGGCAACAACGCGCCGGAGCGUCGAGUGAGAUUUGCGAGCGACGUUAUCAUUAAGCCAGCAGCGCCGGAGAAUCCGCCGAGCGUCGUUUUCACACCCACUAACCUAGGUUUGCACAUUGCGACGAAUUACAAGGAUCACGCGCCGGCGCAGCCGGCCACGGAAACCCCCAAUAUCGGCCUGCUCAGCUUCCUGCCGAGCAGCAUCAUCGGCAAUGCAGUAGAAAUGUCGAAGUACCUCUCGGAGUACGUCGCGGCGCACCCGGAUCUGGAAGACAAACUGCGACACAUACCGGACGCAGACAAAAGGAAAGAGCUCGGGGAGGAAAUAUUCCCCGAAUCGGCGCUCACUAACAAGUUUAGGACGCUUGACACGACACAGGCUGCCAUAGAGGGGGCAGCGUCGUUGGCGGCGAAGUACCCGUACCCGCCGGGAGCACUAAUGCAGCUCAUGCACGACGUUUUCGUGUCCAUACCCACCAACGCCGCAGUAACGAGGCUGGGGAUUUUCUACGUCUACAACCACCUCAUACACAAAUUCGGGAAGGCGUGGAGCCACCCGAUAUCGUUCCUGGAGACCGGGCUCAAGCGGUUCUGCAUUCCGGCCAUCACGCAUUCAAAUCGCAUCAAGUGCAGCAACUCGGUGCACAUCAUCACCUGCAUCAAUGUCUGGCGCCAGAGGCACAUCUACGACGCAGCAACUUGCGACCACCUCGAGGCACUGGUCACGAGCAGUGACCCCAAGUCGUCCGUGAUGGAAAUGCAGACGGACACCAACACGUACACCGUGAACAGUGAAGUUGGCGGCGUGAACACACUAAGGCACCUUUUCAACAUGCCGCUCGUGGACGACAGCUUCAAGGCAGCCACCGAAGGCAUCAACGAGGAGGACCUGGCUGACGCGGACGCCCCUAUGCACAACCAAGCAGUAGCAGAUGCAGCGGAACGCGGUAGAUACGAAGCUUUUGAUUACGCAAGCCGGCUGACGGGUCAGGAGCUGAUCCUGCUGCACAGCAGCUCUCUCGACCUUGCGGCACUUAUAGAGGAGGGUAACAAGCAGUUCGAAAUUCUGCAAAACGAGAUCGCCCAACUGGAAGCCCAGAUCAAGGACGAGUGA